AAGCCUGGGUCUUCAUAGAAAAGGAGAGGAGGCAAACGCAGCCCAAACUGGGGGGUUUCUCUUCAAAGCCAGCUGGUCUGGCUUUAUUCUACAGGAAUUUUUUUACCUGUCAGAGUUUGGACAACAAAGCCCUCAGCAGGUGCUGACGGGUACAACUUCCUGGAGAAGCAGAAAGGCGCUGGUGCCAAAGAAGAGUUGCAAACUGUGAAGUAACUUCUAUGAAGAGAUGAAGUGAAGAAUGGAAGGCAAAUGACUGUAUGUGUAUGUGCAGGAACGAAUGCAGGAAUUUGGGAACUGAGCAGUGCAAGUGCUGAAGGAGGAGAUUUGUUUGGAGGAAACAGGAAAGAGAAAGAAAAGGAAGGAAAAAAUACAUAAUUUCAGGGACGAGAGAGAGAAGAAAAACGGGGACUAUGGGGAGAAAAAAGAUUCAGAUUACGAGGAUUAUGGAUGAACGUAACAGACAGGUGACAUUUACGAAGAGGAAAUUUGGGUUGAUGAAGAAGGCGUACGAGCUGAGCGUGCUGUGUGACUGUGAGAUCGCCCUGAUCAUCUUCAACAGUACCAACAAGCUGUUCCAGUACGCCAGCACGGACAUGGACAAGGUGCUGCUCAAGUACACCGAGUACAACGAGCCGCACGAGAGCCGGACGAACUCAGACAUCGUGGAGACGUUGAGAAAGAAGGGCCUUAAUGGCUGUGACAGCCCAGAUCCUGAUGCAGACGAUUCAGUAGGUCACAGCCCUGAGUCUGAGGACAAGUACAGGAAAAUUAACGAAGAUAUUGAUCUAAUGAUCAGCAGGCAAAGAUUGUGUGCCUUGAACAAGAAAGAAAACAAAGGCUGUGAAAGCCCCGAUCCCGACUCCUCUUAUGCACUCACCCCACGCACUGAAGAAAAAUACAAAAAAAUUAAUGAAGAAUUUGAUAAUAUGAUCAAGAGCCAUAAAAUUCCUGCUGUUCCACCUCCCAACUUUGAGAUGCCAGUCUCCAUCCCAGUGUCCAGCCACAACAGUUUGGUAUACAGCAACCCCGUCAGCUCACUGGGAAACCCCAACCUUUUGCCACUGGCCCACCCUUCUCUGCAGAGGAAUAGUAUGUCUCCUGGUGUAACACAUCGACCUCCGAGUGCAGGUAACACAGGUGGUCUGAUGGGUGGAGACCUCACAUCCGGUGCAGGCACCAGUGCAGGGAACGGGUAUGGCAAUCCCCGAAACUCACCAGGUCUGCUGGUCUCACCUGGUAACUUGAACAAGAAUAUGCAAGCAAAAUCUCCUCCCCCCAUGAAUUUAGGGAUGAAUAACCGUAAACCAGAUCUCCGCGUUCUUAUUCCACCAGGCAGCAAGAAUACGAUGCCAUCAGUGAAUCAAAGGAUAAAUAACUCCCAGUCUGCUCAGUCAUUGGCUACCCCAGUGGUUUCCGUAGCAACUCCUACUUUACCAGGACAAGGGAUGGGAGGAUAUCCAUCAGCCAUUUCAACAACAUAUGGUACCGAGUACUCUCUGAGUAGUGCAGACCUGUCAUCUCUGUCUGGGUUUAACACCGCCAGCGCUCUUCAUCUUGGGUCAGUAACUGGCUGGCAACAGCAGCACCUACAUAACAUGCCGCCAUCCGCCCUCAGUCAACUGGGAGCUUGCACUAGCACUCAUUUAUCUCAGAGUUCAAAUCUCUCCCUGCCUUCUACUCAAAGCCUCAACAUCAAGUCAGAACCUGUUUCUCCUCCUAGAGACCGUACCACCACCCCUUCGAGAUACCCACAACACACGCGCCACGAGGCGGGGAGAUCUCCUGUUGACAGCUUGAGCAGCUGUAGCAGUUCCUACGAUGGCAGUGACCGAGAGGAUCACCGGAACGAAUUCCACUCCCCCAUUGGACUCACCAGACCUUCGCCGGACGAAAGGGAAAGUCCCUCAGUCAAGCGCAUGCGACUCUCUGAAGGAUGGGCAACAUGAUCAGAUUAUUACUUAAUAGUUUUUUUUUCUUGCAGUGUGUGUGUGUGCUAUACCUUAAUGGGGAAGGGGGGGGUCGAUAUGCAUUCUAUGUGCUGUGUGUGGAAAAAAAAAGUCAGGUACUCUGUUUUGUAAAAGUACUUUUAAAUUGCCUCAGUGAUACAGUAUAAAGAUAAACAGAAAUGCUGAGAUAAGCUUAGCACUUGAGUUGUACAACAGAACACUUGUACAAAAUAGAUUUUAAGGCUAUCUUCUUUUCACUGUUGUGCUCCUUUGCAAAAUGUAUGUUACAAUAGAUAGUGUCAUGUUGCAGGUUCAACGUUAUUUACAUGUAAAUAGACAAAAGGAAACAUUUGCCAAAAGCGGCAGAUCUUUACUGAAAGAGAGAGCAGCUGUUAUGCAACAUAUAGAAAAGUGUAUAGAUGUUUUGGACAGACCCGGCAAAGGGUGGCCACUGUUAAAUGUUAGGAACACACCAGGUCACCUAACACCCACCCCGAGAACGCUCACAAGCCUGCAGGCACGUCCUUGGUGUAUGGCACUCAUGAGAAAGGAUGAACUACCAUUAAAAGAGGACCAUACCUAUUUUUAAAAAUGUGGAGUUUGAGGGCUAACGUAUUUAAUUAAAUAAAUAAAUCUGGGUCUGCAUCUCUUAUUAAAUAAAAAUAUAAAAAUAUGUACAUUACAUUUUGCUUAUUUUCAUAUAAAAGGUAAGACAGAGUUUGCAAAGCAUUUGUGGCUUUUUGUAGUUUACUUAAGCCAAAAUGUGUUUUUUUCCCCCUUGAUAGCUUCGCUAAUAUUUUAAACAGUCCUGUAAAAAAACCAAAAAGGACUUUUUGUAUAGAAAGCACUACCCUAAGCCAUGAGGAACUCCAUGCUUUGCUAACCAAGAUAACUGUUUUCUCUUUGUAGAAGUUUUGUUUUUGAAAUGUGUAUUUCUAAUUAUAUAAAAUAUUAAGAAUCUUUUAAAAAAUCUGUGAAAUUAACAUGCUUGUGUAUAGCUUUCUAAUAUAUAUAAUAUUAUGGUAAUAGCAGAAGUUUUGUUAUCUUAAUAGCGGGAGGGGGGUAUAUUUGUGCAGUUGCACACUUGAGUAACUAUUUUCUUUCUGUUUUCUUUUACUCUGCAUACAUUUUAUAAGUUCAAGGUCAGCUGUCAAAAGGAUAACCUGUGGGAUUAGAACAUAUCACAUUGCAACACCCUAAAUUGUUUUUAAUCCGUUAGCAAUCUAUUGGGUCAACUGACAUCCAUUGUAUAUACUAAUUAGUUUCUUUCAUGCUAUUUUUGUUUUUGUUUUUGCAUUUUUAUCAAAUGCAGGGCCCCUUUCUGAUCUCACCAUUUCACCAAGCAUCUUGGAAUUCAGUAAGUGCAUACCCUAAACUUGCCCAUUUCCUAAAUAAUCUGGUUGGUUUUCAGCCUAGAAUUUGAUAAUGCUUUUAAGAAAUAUGCCCAGAAUAGAGAGCUGUGUCGGGGCACGUGUCCUGCCAGAUAGCCCUAGAAACAAGUGAUAUGGAGUUUACUCUGUGCAAGAGUUGUAAAUUCCCACAGAAGAAAAAUGUGAAAGACCGGGUGCUAGAUAAGAAGGAAGCAGGUAAAGGGAUAGUUGCUUCGUCAUCCGUUUUUAAUUAUUUUAACUGACCCUCAACAAUCUUGUCAGUGAUAUAGGACUGUUGAACAAUCCCGGUGUGUCAGGACCCCCCAAAUGUCACUUCUGCAUAAAGCAUGUAUGUCAUCUAUUUUUUCUUCAAUAAAGAGAUUUAAUAGCCAUUUCAAGAAAUCCCAUUAAAGAACCUCUCUAUGUCCCUUUUUUUUUUAGUUUUCAAGAAAUAAUGAUGACUCUUGUCUAAUAUUCGUCUAUAAGGGAUUAAUUUCAGACCCUUUAAAAAGUGAGUGCCAUAAAAAAAAAGUUGAUAUAUAUUGUUUAAAAGAGAUUUCAAUCUAGGAAUGAUUUUCUCUUGGAAUGUGAAGAUCUGUCGAUUCAUCUCCAACCAUACAUAGUGACAUACACAGCAAAGAAGACAGUAAGAUCGACACUGCUAUAUCAGGUGUAGGACAUUUCUUAGCCAUUUUUCUCUUUUUCUUGCAUAGUCGCUAUGUGUUUCUCAUCGUAAAACCCUGCCACUGGGUGGCAAAAGCCAAGAGACCUUACUAACUAGGC